AGGAAAUUUCUGCGAUGGUUCGCUUGCGAGCAGUUAGUUUUAUGGGCGGAAGUGGGAAGGGCGCUAAAGAGCGCCUAAGCGCCGUACCGGGAUGGUCCGAGCGCUACCGCCGCCGCACGCCGAAAAUUUCCUGCGCAUGAUUUCGAGAUCCCCGAGAUAGCACGAGAGCAAAAGUCUUCACGGUCAACUUAACCAGUAUCUCCAUCAGAGGAACGUUAGUCCAUUUUAUCUCUCUAGCAGAUUCAAUAAUUUUCCAAAAUGCAUCUUAUGUACACUCUCGAUGCCUCUGGCAAGCGCGUCUACACUCUCAAGAAGGUCCUCAACGGUGAGGUUACCAAGAGUGCUCACCCUGCGAGAUUCUCUCCUGAUGACAAGUACUCGAGACACCGAGUGACUCUCAAGAAGAGAUACGGUCUUCUUCUCACUCAACAGCCUGACAAGACUGCUGCCAAGCUCUGAACGGACAAUAAAAGUGAUAAACGGUUAUAAUGGCGAAUGGUGUUUAAUGUGGAGUUUGAUUUGGUGAGAGAAUAUUUCUCUCUGCCUUGAUCAGGAUAUAGUGGUUUGCCAGUAUUUGCUUCGUGUAUUCAACGGUUCAAAGCUACCUUCCACGAAUACUGGAUGCGGAAUGCGGAAAGCAUCAGUAUAGUACUUCGAGGAUGGCUUAAUGGAGAGAUACAUCUGAAAUUUAUGUACGAGUUUGCGUGUGGUGUCUAUAUCUGCGGAUAUGGUCUGCAUGCUGGUGAUAUGUACAUGGCAUCAUCAUCAUCGGUAUCCCUAGCGUAGUCCAGUUCUAUUUUAGA